AGUCAAUACAGAAUAAAGUUUUUAUCGGUAACAACAGUAAGUUACAAGUCCGAUCAUGGCAGACGUGGAUCACAUAAAAGCCAUGAUUCGGAGUGUCCUUAUGACAGCCAGUUACGGGGUCCUGGCAACGAAGUUCCCCAAGGAGUACGAGGACACUACAGGAUCCGUACUCCCUUUGAAGGCCAUGGGUGUUAAGUCCAUCAAUGACUUAGCAAGAUUGAUGCCUGACGUUAUCAAAGCAGAGAGAAAUGCCCAGGGUCAGAUUGUGUUCUAUGUGGUAGCAAAUGAGAAGAUAGCCCACAUUGCAAUGAUGAAGAGCAAGGAGAAGGGCAAAAGUAAGAAGAACAGGAGACCCGCUGGAGCCAAGAAAAUGUUCUUUAGCUCUGAGGGUUCAGCAGAACAAGCAGACCUGCUCCCGUCUAUAAUAAACCCACUCCUGCCUAUAACAGUAGACCCGCUGCUUUUAAACCUGCUCCACAAACUGCCUUUAAACCUGCCCCAUCUAGACCGGUAUCUAGACCAGUUACAAACAGAGUAUAACUUCUCAGAGCGCUGUGGUAACAGGCAGUCCAGGUACCCAACCCUGUCAGCUAGCUGUGAGUCGGGCUGUGCAUCGCUGACGGUGCUGUGUGGUAAAAUAAGGAGCCUCAUGUCCGAGUUCAACUGGGGCUUGAGUGAAUCUGUACAUGGUUGUGUUGCAACUAAAAACGAAAUUCCAGGAAAAUUGGUCUCGGAGUACGAAACAUUCUUCAAGGAGCCGGCUGAGCCGAACCUUCUAGAACUAGUCCUACAGAUGGAAGGGAGUGUGCUGCGAAUAGAGCGACCCUACGGUCAGAACAGCAACAAGUUAAUACUUUACGGGAUUGAGGACGAUCCAGAAACCCUGCUUCCAGUCUCUGUCACAACUGUUGCUACUAAUGGCACAUCUCCGGGCAGACCAAACAUCAAGUAUCCUGAACAUUGUGGAGUCAGAACCGGUAUGGUGCAUGCACCACUACCCUGGCUGGGAGUCAGAGCAGAUUGUUAUGUGACCCUGGCUCACUCCCCCUCUUAUUUCUGGGUACAGAUUAAGAGCCCACAACUCAACGAUCUGGUCAAAAUCACCGAACUUAUGCAAACCACUUGCGAGGCAGCUCCCCCGGAACAACACGGUCGCUUCUACGUGAACGAGCUGGUAUGUGGACUGUUUGAGGAGGAUCAGCAGUGGUACAGAGCUAUUGUACUGGAUGUGGGGACCAGUCAUGACAGCUGUCUGGAUACCCUCGACCCAGCUCUGUUCCUGCCGAACAGCCCAACACCCCAGUUCAAAUGGAGGGACGCCUGGAAAGUGAAGCUGUUCUUUGUUGAUUACGGUAACAUUGAGUGGGUGACGUUAGAUAGGAUCCGCAGGAAGAAGUUCCCGUAUCCUAACGGCCAGGCUUUCAGAUGCAGUCUCGGCAGUAUUACACCCAAGGAGGAGUGGAGUAAGGAGAUUUGUGACGUGUUCAAGAACAUAACAGAGAACAGAGACUGUGAGUCGCUCCAGAUGACUGUUGAGGCUGUUAAAAGCGAGAAGGCUCACUACGGUUUCAAAUCAAGACUCAAUGAAUGGUGUCAAAAGAGGAAGCACGAGUUCGCAACAUUCACCAAACCUCUGAACAGUGACUGUGGGUGGAGAACAAGUUGUACGAUAAAGCAUCCUACGAAAGGCUACAAAACAUACCAAGGCUUUUAUCAAAACAAGAAGAACGACGCUGAAGCUAGUGCAGCUCAACUCGUCAUUAGAGACUGGGAUAUUACACUUCUUGAUUCUAAAGAUAUACCAGCUCAUUGGAUCGAAGUUAUUUUGGAAAACAAAGACACAGACGAAGCUUACAACAAAUCUCUGGUUGAAUCCGGAGUUGCGAUCCCAAACACCUCAAUAUACGACAUUUGCAUCCCCAAACAGCCGGAUCUGUCGGAAAUCCCAACUCUCAAGUCUGAGAUGGCUGUCUCCUACAAAGUGGAAGAUUCCAGCGACGAAGAAUCAAUGAGUUCCGAAGAAGAGGAGCCCUCGUACAGUCCCGCACAGGUUGAACCUGACGACGUGGAGCUGCCAGAGAUCGGAGACCUUGUCUACAUGUACAUUACUCACGUUCAGAGCCCCAAGAACAUCUGUAUGAGGAACAUUGAUGGGGAUAAUGACAACAUCUUGACAGAUAUGGAGGAUGAAUUGACGAUAUAUGUGAACGAUGCUGGAACUCCCUUAACCUCCGUCCAGGUUGACACGUUAUGUGCUGUACUCUCGGAGAAAUACUACUAUCGGGCUAAAGUUCUCAGACUUCUAAAGAACAAUCGAGCGGAGGUUCUAAUGCUGGAUUAUGGCGACACUCAGAUGUACCGUAUUGACGAGCUCUAUCACCUGGACUCCAGAUUCUUAACACUGCCUUAUCAAGCGCUGUCGUGCAGUUUAUACGGACUGGAGAAGAUUAUCCACGCCGAAUCUCUGACAGAUUUCAUUAGAAACGAAAUAGAAGAACAUAAAUUUACCGUCAGAAUUAAGGACAUAGUUAACGAGAGGACGCUAAGCGUGGAAAUCAGAACAGAUACUGGUGACAACAUGAACGAACUGUUCCUCUCACAAGACAUCAGGAACCUGAGCCCCCGACUACCUCAUGACGGGGAGAAGCACCUGGUCAAGCUAACAGACGUGUCUCCAGAGGGGGUGUUGUCUCUCCAGAUAGACGGUCCUGGUAUUACUUCUCUAGGCCAGCUGAUGAAGGAGCUAAGAGAUCACUACGAGGAGAAAGCCGCUAAAGCCUCCGACUACAUAGUUGAUCCUCAACAGGGUCAGAUCUGUUGCUCCAGUUUACUGGUGGACGGAGAGAGACGAUGGUACAGGACGGUGAUUAACAGGAACGUCAGUGACCACUCAGUGGAAGUAACGUUUGUUGACUAUGGCAACACCCAGAUCAUCCCAAGGUCAAAGCUCAGAGAGCCUGCUAUAGCUGUACCUAACAUCAGCAGACUGCCAUUCCAGGCGUACCCUGUCAUGCUGGCAGAUUUGCCCACGUCCCCAGCUAACUGGACGGAAAAAGAAGUUGAGACACUCAAAGGUUACACCAAAGAUCAGAACCAAAUUCAAGCUGUGAUAUCAGAGGAGGUGGCAGAAGAGGCGUUUCCUCUGGUUCGUAUCUACUUCGGACCGGAUGAAGAUCUUAAAUGUCUAAACAACCUGCUCUCGGGCGACGGAAAUCUGUUUCAAACUCGAGCAACUCUUCCGGAAACUGAGCAGCUGGGUUUGAAUCUGGGCAACCUGAACUUCGCUAACCCGACUUUCAUUGAUCCACAGGACAUAGUAUUGGAUCAGAACUCCAUACCCAAGCUCUCACUACAACGCCAAGCUGAGGCUCUUAUCUCCCACGUGGACAACCCCUACUCUUGGUUCUUCCAGAGUAGAGAGUUUCACGAGCAGUUCCGGAUCAUGGGGGAGGAAAUGAAUACGUUCUACUCUCAGCCGUUAGAUUGCAGAGAGCAGCUGUGGAAGACGAACGAUAUGUGUGUAGCCUACUGUGACCAAUAUCAGGGAUGGUACAGAGCCAGGGUUCAACAAGUCUACCCGGACGGAAAGGUACUGCAAUGCUCGAUGGUAGAUUACGGAGACGUUCAGAAGAUCCCCCUGUCCAGCGUGCGACCUCUCACUAAACAGUUCGCUGCCCUGCCUAUACAGGCCUGUCGGGCUGCUCUCUGUGGAGUAAUGCCGGUUGACGGCUCUACGGUCUGGAGUGAGGAAGCUAAGAAGUUCUUCUCUGCCGCUGUUUCUGAGAGAAUGUUGUGGGUUAAACUAAUGGCCCAAGAUCCUGCUUCUCAAAUCCUCUGGAUGCAUAUCAUAGACACUGGUCACGACGAUACUGAUGUGUACAUCUCCAACUCGCUUGUGGAGAAAGGUCUCGCGAUACACCCGCCGCCACAGAUCUCUUCUUAACUUUGGGAUUAAUCCAUGAUUGAUUGACAUGUGUUUUUUGGAGAUUUCUUUGCGACAUUUAUGAUUGUCUCCGCGUUUAGUGGAGUUUUUUUCGUUAGACUCCUUUUUUAAUGUUUAGUUUCAUUGAUUGAUUUGUUGUAGACUUGAUGCUAGCUGAGAUUAGCAGGAGUGGAUAUGAAGGGUGACGGAUGUCAGGGAAUAAUGUAAUCAUAAUUAAAUUUAAAUAAUAUUAAUAAUUAACUACUGCAGUAUUAAAUGUGUGGUAAC